AUGGCUAACGACGAAUACGACUUUCUCUUCAAGGUGGUGUUGAUCGGAGAUUCGGGUGUCGGAAAGUCCAACCUGUUGAGCCGUUUCACCCGUAACGAGUUCAACCUGGACUCCAAGUCGACUAUCGGUGUCGAAUUCGCUACCCGUUCCAUCCAGGUCGAUUCCAAGACGAUCAAGGCUCAGAUUUGGGAUACUGCUGGUCAGGAACGUUACCGGGCGAUUACCUCAGCCUACUAUCGUGGCGCGGUCGGCGCUCUCCUCGUUUACGAUAUUAGCAAACAUCAGACCUACGAGAAUGUCAACCGGUGGUUGAAGGAGUUGCGGGAUCACGCCGAUUCCAACAUCGUCAUCAUGCUGGUCGGAAACAAGAGCGAUUUGAGACACCUGCGGGCAGUGCCCACGGAAGAGGCCAAGCAGUUUGCGAGCGAGAACAACUUGUCGUUCAUCGAGACCUCUGCCCUUGACGCCAGCAAUGUCGAACUUGCCUUCCAGAACAUUCUGACAGAAAUCUACCGUAUCGUCUCCAGCAAGGCGCUCGAGGGUGACUCGCCCCAGAACCCGCUCGGGGAACGUCGCCAGGUCGUCAACAUUAGCGAGUCGCAGAAUUCGGAGCAGAAGCAGGGCUGCUGUUAA